UUUCUGCUUGAGCUGGAAGCAGCUGUUGGACAAGAGGAGUUUUCUUCCCUUUAAGCCAGGAAAAGGGAGAAGACGAGAGUGAAGGAGAAUCUCACCCAAAAGAGAAUGAGUAACACAACUGUGCCUACAAAUCUUCCUGUUGCUGCUUCCAGUCUGAAUGCUUCAGUUAUUCCAUAUUAUGACUAUGUGUAUGAUGAAGAAAAAUUUGCCAUUCAAGAAACCUUGUGGAAAAGGAUGAGUGUUUUCUCAAUGGUAAUCUACGGCCUGGCCUUUGUGCUGGGGGUCAUUGGCAACGGGCUGGUCAUUUUCAUCACCGGCUUCCGUAUGAAGAAGACGGUCAACACGGUUUGGUUCCUCAACUUGGCCAUUGCUGACUUCGCCUUCACCUUCUUCCUGCCCCUGAGCAUUGCCCAUGUAGCCUUGAAAUUUCAUUGGCCAUUUGGCCUGGUCAUGUGCAAGCUCAACAGCACCCUCGCCUUCCUCAACCUCUAUGCCAGCGUUUAUCUCCUCACAGUCAUCAGCAUCGACCGAUGUAUUUCUGUGAGGUGGCCUGUGUGGGCUCAGAAUCACCGGACCCCUCGGCUGGCUUCCUUUGUGGCUUUCUGUGUUUGGAUCCUGGCUUUGGUGUUGUGUUCUCCAAACAUCCAUUUCAGGGACACUGCCCCAUCCCAUCUUAAUGAGAAUGAGACCAUCUGCUACAGCAAUUAUGGCAACAAUCUGGAGCAACGUAAGAUCUCUCACCGUGCAAUGAUCAUCAGCCGCUUCAUCUUUGCCUUCAUCAUCCCCUUCAGCGUCAUCGUCAUUUGCUACGGGGCAAUUGUUUUGAAGCUGAGGAGGAACCGGCUGACCCAAUCAAACAAGCCCUUCAAGGUCAUCACUGCAGUGAUUGUAGCCUUUUUUGUCUGUUGGUUCCCCUAUCAUGUCUUCUCUAUAGUUGAGACAGCAGCGGGAGAAUAUGAUCCUGAGCUGCAUUUGGUUUUGCUUAUUGCGGUUCCAUUGACGUCCAGCUUGGCUUUCAUCAACAGCUGUCUCAACCCCAUCCUGUAUGUCUUCAUGGGGCACGAUUUCAAGGAGAGGCUGAGAUACUCACUCCUCUCUGCAUUUGAGAAUGCCUUUGCUGAUGACAGCAGCCAGAGCACAACAAGCACCAAGGCCAAAUCUUCAGAAGAGAUGGAAUCCCAGGCCUUGUGAAUUCUGCUUCUCCCUCAGCUUUCAACUCCACUUCAGUGCAACAUUGUUAAAUGCAUUCAUUCAGAAUUUGCUCUGCUCUGUCCAUUGUGCUGGCUGGGGUUGUUGGGAGUUAUAAUCAAAAAAAUCUGGAGGGGGCCAGGUUGGUGAAAGCUAGUCCACAGUAUGUGCAUAUAUUACCUUUUGGUGCCAUGAGGUUUGAUGCUAUGCAAUCUGUUUUUUCGUCUUCUAGUUUGCAUCGAUACAGCUAUCUUCCUAAAGAUUUUAUGGACAGCCGUUUAACAAAACAAGACAGUCUCAACUCCACAUCGACCUUACUCUCCUGCACCUGAAUAAAAGUAUCUGCUUUGAUGUUGCUGUUUGUGGUUUUGAAUUUGCUUUGUUUACUGCCCCCCACCCCCUCACAAAAAGACGGAUGUUUAAGGGUGCUGGUUUCCAAACUUGAUUACUUCAGCGGAUCCUUAUCAACAAACCUCAGGACAGUGGAACAAAUGGGGAUAUAAAAGGCAGGGAUGGGGACCCUGUGGCCCUCCAUAUGUUGCUGGACUACAGUUCCCAUCAUCCCUGACCAUUGGCCAUGCUGGCUGGGGUUGAUGGGAGUUGGAGUCCAACAACAUCUGCAGAACCCUGGAACCUACCUAUCUGUUGCACAGAGAAAAAAGGAGGCAGUGUCAAGUUGAACAAGUAAAGGGAGAGGAGGAUGAAGGUUGAGAAUGUCAUGAAGAAACUCACCUAACCACACCAUUGUGUACUUUUACUUUAUAUUCAGUCUGGAAUGGCUAUGUACCUUGGUAAUGAGCCCCAUUUACCUCUCGGCCCUCCUGCAUUCAAAACUUUGAGCCUUAUUCAUGUAGCAUAAUUGUCUUAAGAGAAAGGUGUUAUUGUUAUGUGCCUUCAAGUUGAUUAUGAGUUAUGGUGACCCUAUGAAUCAGUGACCACCAAUAGCAUCUGUUACAAACCAGCCUGUUCAGAUACGUUCAGGUCUGUGGCUUCCUUUAUGGAAUCAAUCCAUCUCUUGUUUGGUCUUCCUCUUUUUCUACUCCCUUCUGUUUCCCCCAGUAUUAUUGUCUUUUCUCGUGAAUCAUGUCUUCUCACUGUAUGUCCAAAGUAUGAUAACUUCAGUUUCAUCAUGUUAGCUUCUAGUGAUAGUCCUGGUUUAAUUUGUUCUAACAGGGAGGCCAGAGUCUGUGAGUUCAAAUCCCUGCUUGUGUCUCCUGGGUGUCAAGGGCCAGCUAAAGAUCAUCCCCACAGUGAGUGGCUCAGGGGUUACGUGCCCUGCCACCUGUGCAGCCGUGGGCAAGCUGCAUAGUCCCAAGGAGCCCAGUUGCCCCCCAGCUGGCAGUUGCGGACAAGGAGAAGGGGCUGGCUUGUGCAGCUGUGGCAAGCUGAGCAGGCCCUAGCCAGUUGGGGAGGACUAGCCUCAGAGGCAGGCAAUGGUAAACCCCCUCUGAAUACUGCUUACCAUGAAAUCUCUAUUCAUAGGGUCUUAGGGUCGGGAUCAACUUGAAGGCAGUCCAUUGCCAUUGCAACACUCAAUUAUUUGUCUUUUUUGCUGUCCAUGGUAUCCGCAAAGCUCUCCUCCAACACCACAUUUCAAAUGAGUUGAUUUUUCUCUCAUCCGCUUUUUUCACUGUCCAACUUUCACUCCCACAGUCACUUUCCAACUCCUCCCCCACUCACCACCCUUGGCACUUUCCACUCCCCCAUUCCCACAGACACCCACUCACCACCUUCUUUCAUCGGCGCCCUACGUUGGAAGCUUACAAGCCUCCCUCUCACUUAGGGUUGCCAGGUCAGAAGCAUCCCAAACCCUGAGAUUAGAGGGGCAGGCACUAGUGAUGUCACAGGAGCGUCCUCUAGUGAUGUCAUUAAGCAUGAUACAUUAAGCAUCAACCUCAGUUGCUUGGAGCAUACCAUUCAAACAAAAACAUUUCUCUGACUGGAAAUUAAGAUAGAAAUCUUAGCUAAAAGGUGGACCCUGGGUAGGGAACAUUUAAUCUAGCCAACUUGCUUCUGGCAAAAAGAGUUUAAGUGCCCUCAGGCCAGGCCAGUCACCAGAAGGCCACUAGUGAAGAACAGCCUAGUGUUGUGGAGAUGUUAGAUGGGAACACUCACAAGUAAAGAUGUAUGCCCCUGCAGGCGGCAAUUCUAAACACAUUUAAUAAGGGACUAAGCCCCAUAGAAUUCAAUAGGACUUACUUCUGAGUAGAUAUGGUUUGGAUUAUGCUGUUGGUAAAGCUUGACUAGGGAUCUUCUGCAAAGAUAUCCAUAUCCAAGCUGGGUUGGCAACUGCCUGCCUAGAAUGCCCAGUCCUUGCCUUUUAACAUGGCUGCUUCAAACGUCUUUACAGACUUGACCCUUCACUUCAGAAAGAGGUUUGAGAAAUGAGUAAGAGUUAAAAAGAUUCUCUACCCAUUUCUACCUACCCUGGGGCUGCUAUUAACUCACUUUGGCAGCCAACCCAAUUCCACUGAAUAAUAAUUGACAGAGAGAAAACACACAUGGUUUAGUCUACCUUCACAGGCAGUAAGUAGCUUGGGAAACAGUAAUUGCAGCCACAGUAAUUGCAGUGAUUCUCUUUUACCACUAUUGGGCAAGAAACAAACCAUCAUGCAAUCAACAAGGUGCAUCAUCAGUGGGUUUAAGGGGGUUAAGCUGAGUGCAUGGAACCACUGUUGUUGCUUCUACGGAUGUAAGGGAGUAAGGUCAGAGGUAAAUGAAAUGCAAAUAGAAAAAGAAAAAGAUAGUGAUGAUUUCCUAAAUGUAAUACUAUACCAACCACAACAAAAUUCCUAUGAGUAAGGCAGAAAACCCAGCAUCCCAUAACCAGUCUGGACUCCUAACCAAAAACGAAAACUAAAAAACCUGCCAGCCAGGCAGGCAAGUUCACAGAAAUCCCCAUGGAUCACAACCUGACCUCGGGGCUGCAGUUAGUGUAGAAUGCUGUGGCAUGAUUGCUGACAUGGGUGAGACCCUAUCAGCACAUAAUACCUCUGCUCUGAAAUCUGCACUGGUUGCCAAUUUGCUACAAGGCCAAGUUCAAGGUGUGCUUUCCAUGAUACAGGUGCCACAUUGUACUUGUUCUGCUCUUGUAAGAAAUUGAUCCUUUAGUGUGGCACCUUCAUUGUACUGUUUUCUACACCUGCUAAAAACAUUUUUUUGCUUAGGCAAGUCUAUCUAGGCAUGUAGAAACUAUUGUUUAUCGAUUUUAACUCUUUGUUGGUUUUAUUAUUUUGAAUGUUUUUAAAUACCCGUCUAACUGUUUUUGCCAAUAAUUUUAUUGUUUUAAUUCCUUCUGCAAA